CGUAAAGCAAGAUUUCUCGUGAAAAGGUCACAGGCCAAGACAUCUACCACCUUCACUGACAUUCAUGCAUUGUCUCUCCUCAGAGCAAUUAUUCAGUACCGCAUAUCCACCGCCACCUUUUGAAUCUUCAACUUCCAAUUGGCCUUAUUAUUCCCUCCUCAACUAUUAGGAAUUUUAAUCAAUCAAAAUCUUGGACUUCCAAUAAUCUUGGCUUUCUAAUUCAGUUUCCAUAACAUCCCUCAAGUUUUGCUGGUGAAUCAACUGUGAUGGAAACUUGCUGUGCAACACUGAAAUCUACAGCCCACUUGACAACAGGCAGAAAAAGUGGUUUUGGGUAUGGAGAAACUGGGUUUUGGGGUGAGAGGAUCAGAGGGAGUUUAAAUGACCCUAAUAAUUUGGGGAAAAUUUUGAAUCUUGAGAAGAAGGUGAAGAAAAUUAAAUCUGGGGUUGCUUGCUCUGUUCUCACCAGAGAAAGUGGUAAAGAAACUCUGACAGUACAAGCACCAAUAAUAGAGAGACGCAGGGCGAAUCCGAAGAAUGUGGCUGCAAUCAUUCUGGGAGGAGGCGCGGGGACUCCACUCUUCCCACUUACAAGCAGAGCUGCAAUUCCAGCAGUUCCGGUAGGAGGAUGCUAUAGGCUGAUCGACAUCCCAAUGAGCAACUGCAUUAACAGUGGCAUUAACAAGAUCUUUGUGCUGACACAAUUCAAUUCAGCUUCUCUAAAUCGUUACAUUUCUCGGACGUAUUCUGGAAAUGGCAUCAGCUUUGGAGAUGGAUUUGUCGAGGUAUUGGCGGCAACUCAAACUGCGGGAGAAACAGGAAUGCAAUGGUUCCAAGGAACAGCAGAUGCCGUUAGGCGAUUCAUAUGGCUGUUUGAGGAUGCUAAGGCAAAAGAUAUCGAUAACAUAUUGAUACUGUCUGGGGAUCAUCUUUAUAGAAUGGAUUAUAUGGACUUUGUGCAGAACCAUAUUGACCGAAAUGCUGACAUUACUCUUUCAUGUGCACCAGUAGGUGAAAGUCGAGCGUCGGAUUUUGGGCUGGUGAAAAUUGAUAGCCGAGGUCGGAUAACCCAAUUUGCUGAAAAACCCAAAGGCACUGACCUGAAAGCAAUGCAAGUGGACACCACAAUCAUAGGAUUGUCUCCACAGGAUGCUGUACAGUCUCCAUAUAUUGCUUCGAUGGGAGUCUACGCAUUUAGCACUGAUGUAUUAUUGAAGCUCCUGAGGUGGAGAUACCCUACAUCAAACGACUUUGGGUCAGAAAUUAUACCUUCUGCCGUGAAGGAGCAAAAUAUGCAAGCGUAUAUCUUCAGAGACUACUGGGAAGACAUUGGAACAAUAAAAUCAUUUUAUGAUGCUAAUCUGGCUCUUGUAGACGAGUUUCCAAAAUUUGAGUUUUAUGAUCCAAAGACGCCUUUCUACACGUCUCCGCGCUUUUUACCACCAACCAAGAUUGACAGAUGCAAGAUUAAAGAUGCAAUAGUUUCACAUGGUUGUUUCCUGCGAGAAUGCAUCAUUGAACACUCCAUAGUCGGCGAACGCUCUCGACUAGACACUGGUGUUGAAUUGAAGGAUUCUUUAAUGUUGGGGGCUGACUACUACCAAACAGAAUCUGAAAUUGCGUCUCUUCUAGCAGAAGGGAAAGUCCCAAUGGGCAUCGGAGAAAACACGAAAAUCAGGAGCUGUAUUAUUGACAAGAACGUGAAAAUCGGAAAAGACGUGAUUAUUAUGAAUAAAGACGGUGUUCAAGAAGCCGAUAGACCAGAUGAAGGAUUCUACAUUCGGUCAGGAUUAAUUAUCAUACAAGAGAAGGCUACGAUCAAUGAUGGAACAGUCAUAUAAACUUGUUCUGGAAUAGACGAACUUGAAAUAGUGGCAACUAAGGCCAGCCCGUUCCUGAUGAAUGAAGUUUGUGCCGGAAAGCUUCAUCUGGUAUAUGUAAGAUAUAAUAGUACUUGAAAAUAAUCUGUGGCUGCAUAGUAUAAGUGCUUCGUUUCCUUGUAUAAUUAAAAUUCUGAUGCAUUCCCUUGUAAAGGAAUAAGAAGAACUGCUGAAUCUCGACAUGUAUAGAACUUUUUGAGUUGAUGUGCAUCAGAUACUAUUAUUCAGAA